UGUAUCGCAAGCCUCGAUCGGUAACUCUUCUAUUCGUUCGUCCUACAAACAACAUCACACACACACACACACACACACACACACACACACAUACACACGACUUAGAUACCUAACACACAAAACACAUGCCUUUCGGCAUUGUGCGACUUAGUUGAUCCAAUGGCGGACAAACAGCUAUCAUUACGGUAGAAAUACAUUCAAUAUAUACAACCAUAUACAACAUGGUGGGCUCAUCCUCUUCCCCCUUAGUCGUGAUCUACCAAUCCUCCCUCAUCAACCAACUUCUUGGCAUAGUAGGGUCGCAAAAGCAAGCACACGCAGACCUACAUAGCUAGCUAGACACAUAUACGCGCAUACACUUAGAUACCUUGAAUACCUACCUGCACUUUUAUACACACAUAUACACUUAUACAACUACUACCACACAAGGCUCCCCAAGGUCCCAUUGUCCCAUUGACGAUCCGGUUGGCGUAAUCAAAACAAGUUGGGAUCUUCUACAUUUCUCCCUCACAUCACCUUCUAGACUCUCUCCGACCCCCAAAUCGGAACUUUCUCCUCGUCCGAUAUAAACCAUCUCACCCUACCACUCAGCGUUGGGCUGGGGAACUGAGGAAGAAAAAAAAGAGAUAUAUAGGCCCAACCAAUCCCAACGAACCAUGCCCUCAUCAGGCCUCACCAAUAACGGGAGCAUAUUACCACAGACGGCGACGGCGGCAGCAGCAGCAAUAGCAGGCUCAAAGGCAGUAGACAAGAUCCUCCCAGCCUUGCACCACGCCGUCUCAGGCUCCGUCGGCACCCUCAUAUCGACAUGCGCUCUGUAUCCACUAUCGCUAGUGAUCACCCGCCUGCAAGCGCAAAGGCAGCUUCAUCGCGAGGGAAAGCUUCACAACAACAAUCUCAACACUCGCAGUCGCAGCGGCACUACCACCCCAAAUCCCAACCCCAAUCCCGGUCCCAGUCCCGGUCCCAGUCCCGACGAGAAGGCGGAGGGAGCAGAAGCAAGACCGGAAGCGCAAGCGGCGAACGACACCGAUCCCGAGGCAGCACCGGGACAAGCUACACCUACAGCUACAGCUACACCGACUCGACCGUCACCAACACAGCCAAGCCCACAGGCACGGGAACAGGACCCUACGACCUACGCAGGCGGCCUCGGCGAAGCUUUUUCCAAGACCUGGAGCUCCGGUGGCGGGCCGAAAGCGUUUUAUACUGGCCUGGGUCACGAUGCAGCCAAAUCUGUCUUGGACUCUUUCCUCUUCUUUCUCUUCUAUGAGUAUUUCCGCAGUGCCAGACUCUCGGCGAGGAGGAAUCGGUAUAGUAGGAGAGGUGCGUCAUGGGAGAAGUCGAUGGGGUUAGGGAUGUUGGAGGAAUUGGCUGUUGGUGUGGUUGCGAAUGCUUGUUCGAGGCUUUUUACUACGCCGAUUGCGAAUGUGGUUACGAGACAACAGACGGCAUCACUGGUCGAUGGAGAGGGGAGGAAGGAAGUUAGUGUGCAGGAGAUUAUCGAGAGCAUUCGUCGUGAGGAGGGACUUACUGGGCUUUGGUCGGGGUAUUCGGCGAGUUUGAUCUUGACAUUGAACCCUGGUAUCACAUUCUUGCUUAAUGAAGUCCUCAAACGCCGUACUCUUUCUGCGAAACGAUACGAAAACCCUGGGUUCGGUGCUACGUUCUUGCUUGCUGCUGUUAGUAAAGCUGUUGCUAGUGCGAUUACGUACCCCUUCCAGGUGGCCAAGACGAGGAUGCAGACUGGUGUCCCGGUUGCUGCUGAAGGUCCUAAGGAGAGAGCGGCUUCUACUUCUGCUCCGGCAUCUGCUGCAGCCGAAGAAGCUAGGCAACCAGAGGCGCCAAAGGAAGAGGCCGAAGCACCUAAAGAAGAUCAAGCUUCCGCAGAAGCGCAGGCUUCUGAAGGAGCCGAGACUGUUAAAGAGGAAGGACAAACACCUGCCAACGGAGAAGCAGCCGCGCCAGCAGAGGGUGAGACCCCAGCUGAGGCAACAGCAGCACCAGCGGAUGAGUCCAUUGCCCCCGACGAAAUCCCACGAACACCAACCCCCAAGCCCGCUGAGAUGCCCCGGAAACCAGUCAUGAUACACAACGUAGCGCCACCUGAAUUUGGUGUCGAUCCCAGCCUCGGAGAGGAAGCAUUACGUGCGGUUAGCAACUUCGGUAAACGCAGCGUAUUCGGAACCAUUGCGCAGAUUGCACGAACUGAGGGUAUUGGAUCCCUGUACGAUGGUAUUCAAGGCGAAUUAAUUAAGAGUUUCUUGGGUCAUGGUACUACGAUGCUAGCGAAGAAUGUUGUGCAUCAUCUGUUGUUUCGCUUGUACUUCAUCGUUGCGGGUGUGCUCGUCGAAUUGCGCAAUCGCAAAUUCAAGGCCAGCACAGGGUUGAACAAGGCUAGGGAGAAUGUGAAAGAAGGUACAAGAGGAAUUUUCGGCGUCGGGAAAGGGGCGGUGGAAUCAAUUACGCCGUUACCGAAGGCGCUGCCGCCACCAUCGUCAUCACCAGCGCCACUCCCCGCUCCAACUCCUACUCCAGUUCCUACUUCUGCCCCUACUUCAACUCCGGAUGUACCAAGCCAAGCCCUAGUCCCUACUGCUCCCCCAGGUUCUGCUCCAAUCCCCCCUCCUUCCCCUAGCCCAAGGCCUCACCCGCAACCGCCACGUCAACCACUACCUCCAUCACCACCCCCAUCGCCUCCUCCACAACCGCAACUCCGCGCUCUGCGCUACCGCAUCGACAAUGGCUAUCGCUAUGAGCAACCUACCUCCUCGCCUCCAUCUUUUGCCAAUGGAGCUCCCAUCGGCAAUUACCACUACGGUAGUGAUGCACAGGGCCGUCCGUAUACUGCAGCUAACCGCCCCUCGCGUGCGAGAAAGGUGGAUGAUUUCGUGAUUAAUAUUGUUGCGAAUAUGAUUGAGAAGGCGCAGAGGGAGAUCAAGAAUUGAGAUCUUCAAGCGUAUGAGACUUGGAGUGAUUGAAGUGGCUCAGUUGAUGAGCUGACUAUUACAAAAGAAAAACGAAAGGGGGAGACUACGAGAAAAGAUCUGUUGCUUUAGUAUGUGUGAGUGAGCAAGCGAGCGUUGUUUUACCUUUCUCAUUUCCUAUUUUUACUAUUUUUUAAUACGUAGAAGAAGCAAAAAAGGGGGUUGAAUUUUCAUUUUCAUUUCUAGCUGAGACUGAUUAUUUCUUACCAAUUUUCCUAAUUCUCUUUUCUUGUAUUGGAUUGGAUCGGAUUCAUUUCAUUUGCGCGGAGCACCGGAUAUGGGCAUCUUGUUGUACACCUCAAAGUUGUAAUUUGUAAUCUACAUGCAUGGAUGGGAUUUGGAGUUGGCGUCUUUGAAUAUCGGAGAUGUUGUUGUCGUUGUUGUAUGAGAAGACGAGAACUUUCAUAUCAUGUACGUGGGUUAUGAGCAUCAACUACAGAAAGGCCAGCAUCGCAUAACAGAGCAUAGCAUAGCAUAGGGUUGGGUAUGGCAGGUUAAGGGAUAAUGCAUAUACUUGGUUUGGUGGGAACAGCAUCGUUACGGCGCUGUUGCUGCCACUAAUUUCUUUCUUACCUCUCAUUUUUAUUGC